UAUUUUGUUUGCCUCACAUUUCCUCGGGAAUUCUCCGUGUGCGCCACUCACCAUGUCGAGCACUGUGAAGAGCCUCAAAGUCACCUAUAACCCCAUCAAUGAGAAAAACACUUUCACCAGUGGCGACACUGUCUCGGGUGAAGUCGCGCUGGAGGUGGCCAAAGACUGUGAGAUAAACUCUCUGUUAAUUAAAUUCAAGGGGAAAGCAGAAGUCCUGUGGACCGAGCGCCACGGUCAGACCACUGUCGUGUACCACUCCAAGGAUAAAUACUUCAGCAUCAAGCACUACUUUGUGCGAGACAAGGAUCACAAAGAAGAUGACAACGAAAUACUGCUGACAACCAUGAAUGGAGACACACACAGCAGUGUUAUUGCCCCAGGGUGCCACAUUUACCCGUUCACCUUUCAGAUCCCGCUCCAGGAAAUGCCCUCCUCCUUCACUGGCUCUGUUGGUAAAAUCAUUUACUCGCUGGAAGCCAAGCUGUGCAGAUCAAUGAGGAUUAACAAGAAAGAUUCAACCAAGAUCAACUUUGUGUCGAAGGCGGACCUGAGCAGUGACCCUGGGCUGAUGAUGCCACAGCACGAGUCUAAGGAUAAGAAAAUGAAAUUUUUCACCUCAGGAACAGUAGCAAUGGACGUGAAUCUUGAAAAAACAGGUUUCUUCCAAGGCGAAGGAUUAAAGGUUCUGACCUCUGUUCAGAACAACUCCUCACGCGAGAUCAAGCCCAAGUACUGUGUGUACAGAAAGCACAGCUUCUUUGCAAAUGGGAAGAGAAGACUCAAUACUAAAGACCUCUUUAAAGAGGUGGGUGAGCCCAUCCCUCCUUCUACCAGCGUAAACGUCACACAGGUCCUCCCCAUCCCUCAUGAUCUGGAGCCCACCAUCCUCAACUGCAGCAACAUCAAAGUGGAGUACAGACUCAGGGUCUACCUCGAUGUCAAAUAUGCCUCAGACCCGGAGAUCAAAUUUCCCAUAGUCAUCCUGCCGGCUUCUCAGGUUGCUGCCAAGGCACCACCACCUGCUGCUUCUGGCUUUGGAUUUGAAUCAUUUGGGAACACAAACCCACCAGUCUGGGGCAUCAUGCCGCCACAACCACCAGCACCAGCGGCAGCAUUAGCAGCACCCCAACCUUUCGAUCCCCCACCUCCCUAUGGAUCAUAUGGGAUGUACCCGCCUUUGUCAGGUUUUGACAAAAAAUACUAGUGAUGAGACUGAAGAUACUUAACAGUAUCAGUUUCAUUAGUGAUGCAUUUUGUUAUGAUGUCCACUAAAUAUUAGGUGCUACAAUACAUUUACUGCUCUUAAAUCAUUCAAAUUUUGCAUCAUAUUGUGCUGGAGGGCAUUUGUGUUCUUUCAAAGCUUUGUGUUUGGAGUGAAACCUGGUUGAUAGAAACUGCCGCUAUCCACUGCUAUGAUCUGUAGCUCUUGUGUACUGUAUACAUGGGAGCAUUAUGUAUUGUACAGUCCUUGCGGAAUUUCAGAUACCCCUGGCUUCAUCUCUUUCAAGCUGCAGGAUUGUGCCGUCUGUGAUUGUGCGAAGCUCACACUAGCUCAUAGAAAGAGCGGGGAGCACUUAAACACCAGUGCAUAUCCUAACUUUCAGAGGUGUAAAUAUUGUUGAAAAAGAGGCAUGUUUCAUUUCAUUUCAACUUGGAAUCUAAUAGUUCUCCUGUUUCAGAUGAGACUGUGAUAUUUUCUGUGUGUAGAAACGCUGCCAUGCAGAUAGUGAAUGACACUAAUGUACAAUUCAUUUCUGCCCUCUGCAUUAAAAGGCCAUUCCGAUGAUUUCACACAUGAAGGUCAGUUUAUCCAUCAGGGUUCGGCUACUCAACCUGUGGAAACUGUCCAACGUGUUUUUUGUGGCUGUGUCGAGAGCUCUCUAUGGUCUGAAGGAAUAACCCUUGUGAUGGCCUCUGAUGAUGUCAUAGGGGUUAUCUCAGACCUUAAAGUAACUGACAGAAAACUCUGCAGACUUUAAAAGAUAAGGGCAUUUACCAGGUGUUGUGAAAGACAUUGUCCAGUUGCAUGGUGGGAAUUGUAGGAUCCAGCAUAUUCUGUCUGGACUCAUAGGGGCUGAAAGUCAGGAAAUCUCAGCCUCUGUUAGUUAGUUGUUGGAGUACUCCCCCAAAAUCCCCAUCUUUUUACUAAUUUGAAUAAAAUCCAAUUUUAUUUUUUUUUUCAUUUUCUUACAAAAACUGUCCUGUAAUAAUGUGAAAAAAAGUGUUGAGGGGGCUGCUCUGAUGCUUCAUUUCUGUAUGUCUGAGUGAGUGAGUAAAUGAAGCAAAGAUAUGUUAUUGUCUCUGGAAUAUAAACUGUUUUGUUGAUGGGUGGAAACACUAGUUGUAGUCAGUUUUUGUGCUCAGUGAUGUGAUUGAAUGUCACCAUUUUUAUCCAUUACAUUUCUCUGUCCUGUUUUCACUGAACUCUCCUGUGGCCUUAAAAUAUACUAUCCUUGUAUAACAAAGUAAAGUGUAUCAAGUUCUU